AUGACCAACUACUUUCGUCACAUUCCUCUGGCUAAUUCUCUUCUAAAUGCCGUUAAUAACUCUCUUUUCCAAGAGAUCAAAAAUCGCCAGCAAGCUUUUAUGAAAGCGUUUAACGCUGGAGAUGCGAAAGGUGCAGCAGCCGUUUACGAUCCCGAUGGCUACUUCAUGCCAAAUGGACGCCAUCCUGUAAAAGGACGCGCUGGGAUUGAAGCAUACUUCAAAGAGGACAUGGGAGAUGGCGUUCAAACAGCUCAGAUAAUCACCGAGGAAGUUAAUGGAAGCGGAGAUUGGGCAUUUGAAAGAGGAAGCUAUCAUCUAGACGGGACUCGAGGCAGAGAAAGUGGAGCCUAUCUGCAGGUUUGGAAGAAGGUUGAUGGUGAAUGGCUUGUGCACAACGACUGCUUCAACGUAAUCAAGGCAGCUGAUAAGUAG